AUGGAGUUUACAACUGCCGACGCUGUGAAGAUUGCCUCAGUCCAGUUCGAGAACGCUUCCGGCGACAAGGCCGUCAACCUCGAGUUCAUCCGCCGUCUCACUCAAGCUGCAGUCGCACGAGGCGCCCAAGUCGUCGCCUUCCACGAAUGCUCCAUCACAGGCUACACUUUCGCGUCCCGCCUCUCCAAAGACGAGCUCCUCGACGUCGCCGAGCCCAUUCCAGCCGGACCCAGCACGCAAGCCCUCAUUCAAAUAGCGCGGGAGCACAACAUCGUCGUCCUAGCCGGCCUCUUCGAGAAAGACGCCGGCCACCGCAUCUACAACACCUACAUCUGCGUCUCCUCCUCCGGUCUGCACGCCAAGUUCCGCAAGCUCCACUCUUUCAUCUCCGCACACCUCUCCCCCGGAAUCGAAUACGUCGUCUUCGACCUCCCCAUCGCCGGCUCUUCUUGGAAAGCCGGCAUUCUGAUCUGCUACGACAACAAUGUGGUGGAAAACGUGCGCGCAACCGCCCUCCUCGGCGCCGAAAUCAUCUUCAUGCCCCACGUCACCAUGUGUACCCCUAGUAGCCGCCCCGGAGCCGGCUUCGUGGACCCCAAACUGUGGGAGCGUCGACACGUGGAUCCAACGACGCUGCGCGCCGAAUUCGACGGCCUGAAGGGGCGAGCCUGGCUGAUGAAGUGGCUCCCAGCACGCGCGUACGACAGUGGCGUUUUUGUCGUCUUCAGUAAUCCGAUAGGCAUGGAUGACGACCAGUUGAAGAACGGGUGCGCCAUGGUGAUCGAUCCGUUUGGGGAUGUGUUGGAUGAGUGUCGGGUUCUGGGCGAGGGCAUGGCUUUGGCGGUGUGUACGAGGGAGAAGCUGAGGUUGGCGGGUGGGUGCCGGUAUCGAGAGGCGAGGCGCGUGGAGCUGUACAGGGAUGUCAUUGGAAAGGAGCAUAGGGCGGAGUUGAAUGUGAGCUGGUUGGGGAAGUGA